AUGGCCCCAGCACCGGCACAGAGGGACCCAGGCCGCUGCCCCCCACGUGGCGCCCCCUGGGACUCGGAGGACUCCGGGGACUCGGUGGCGGAGGAGUGGGGCCCCCCCGGCGCCCUGGCCCCCCCCCACAAUGGGUGGUCGGGGAAGGGGCGCUCCAGCGAUGGGGUGCACCGCCUGCGCGUGGACUUCAAGGAGGACAGUGCCCUGGACAACGUGUGGCUGCUGGGGGGCCUCAGCAUCGUCUCCUCCGUGCCCGUCAGCGCCCCCCUCGUCUGCCUGCUCUGCGCCAGCAAGGGCCAGCACCAGCUGUGCUGGGGGUGCUCCAGGUGCCGGCGCUGUGGGGCCACCCCAGGCCGGGGGGGGGACCCCGAAUGGGUGCCCCAGGAUGGGCUCUGCCCCCCCUGCGCCCGCCUCGAGGCGGAGGCGGCUCCGGGUGCCGAUGGGGGCGGGGCCCUGCAGGGGGCGCUGCGGCGCGUCCUGGGCGCGCUCCUGCGCUCCCCCCAUGGGGGCCCCCUCAGCCACUGCCAGCAGUGCCCCCCCGGGGGGGGGGUGAAGCUGCACCCAGGCCCCUGCGACCUGGGAGCCAUCGGGGAGCUGCUGGAAGGAGGCCACUACGACUCCGUGGACUUCAGCCAGGACGUCAUUGGGGUGCUGCUGCGGGGGGGGGCACCCAUGGGGGGCAGCCCCAUAAGCGACGGUGCCUGUGAGCUCUUCAUCCAGCUCAUGCUCGGAGCCUUCCCCUGCUUCGACAUCCGGGACCCCAAGCGCUGGCGCCCGCCCGGGGACGGGGACCCUGACCGCCUGCCCCACGCCGUGCUGCCCCCCUCCCCCGACCACACGUACGCCCAAUGGCGGCCGGAGCCCCCCCUGCCCCCCCCCGAGGAAGGGGCGGAGCCAGCGGUGCCCAAUGGGGGAGGGGAGGACGAUCGCCAGUGCGCCCUGUGCCUGCAGUGCGGGGACGCGCCCUGCCAGGACGAGGGCCGGCUGCUCUACAUCGGGCAGAACGAGUGGACCCACGUGAACUGCGCCCUGUGGUCGGCCGAGGUCUUCGAGGAGGGCGACGGGACCCUGCGCAACGUGCACGCCGCCGUGGCCCGCGGGCGCCAGAUGCGCUGUGAGCACUGUGGGCGCCCCGGGGCCACGGUUGGGUGCUGCCUGGCCGCCUGCCUCGCCAACUUCCACUUCAUGUGCGCCCGGCGGCGCCGCGCCGCCUUCCAGCGCGACAAGAGGGUCUUCUGCCAGCGGCACGCGCGCCUGCGGGACCCUGCCGCGCUGGUGCAGGAUGAGGGCUUUGCGGUGCUGCGCCGGGUCCUGGUGGACUUCGGGGGCCUGAGCCUCAAGAGGAAGUUCCUGGGGGGGCUGGAGCCCGAGGCCGUGCACAUGAUGAUCGGCUCCAUCCGCAUCGACAGCCUGGGGGCGCUGACGGAGCUGUCGGAGCGCGACGGGAGGCUGUUCCCUGUGGGAUACCAGUGCUGGCGCCUCUACUGGAGCACGCGGGACGCGCGGCGCCGGUGCUGGUACCGCUGCCGCAUCCUGGAGCAGGCGCCGGGGGGGGAGGGGGGCGCCCGGCCCCGCCCCCCCGACAUCAACCGCACCAUCGCCCACGGUCCCACCCCAGGGUCCCCCCCCAGCCCCAUUGCGGGGGGGGGCCCAGAAGGAGCUUGGGGCACCCCCAGCCCCCACCCCACCCGGAGACCCCCAACGGGGACCUCAUCCAGGCCCCUCCCAUCCCCUGGCAGCGCCCCCCCCGUCCCCCGUCACAUCCUGACCGUUGGGGACCCCGAGUUCCCCCCCCCCCGCCGGGCCCGCAGGACCCUGGCACCCAUGGGUGCCCCCCAGCGCUGGCCCAAUGGGGCACCCAAUGGGGCACCCAAUGGGACACCCAAUGGGUCACCCAAUGGGUCAAUGGCACCCAAUGGAUCAAUGGCGCCCAAUGGACCAAGCUCAGCGUCAAGGCCAUCGUCACCCAUGGAUCCAGCAGCACCCAAUGAGCACCCAUCGCCUAUGGGACCAGCAUCGCCUAUGGGGCACCCAUCGCCUAUGGGCCCAGCAUCACCCAAUGGACCGAGCCCAUCGUCACCCAUGGGCCCUCCCCCGUUGUCCCCAUUGGCCCUCAGCGCCCUCCUGGGGGGGGCACCCAUGGGUGACAGCAGCGAGGACGAGGACGUGGGUGCCAAUGGGGGCACCCAUCGGGGGGGCACCCAUCGGGACCCCUAUGUCCACUUCAGCCGCACCGUGGUGGCCCGGCCCCCCCCGGCCCCUUGCCCCGCCCCCCCGUCGCCCCACAUUGACCAAUUGGAUGGGGUGGACGAUGGGGACAAGGGUGGGGGGGCACCCAUGGGUGCCCCUCUGGGGCCAGCACCCACGGAGCACCUCCCCUCCGAGCUCGUGGACUUCGUCCUCAAGAGCAUGGCGGCCAAUGGCACCCAAGGGGUCAAUGGGGACGGGGGCACCCAAUGGGUGCCCCCCAAGGGGGAUGGAGGCGGCACCCACAGCACCCAAUGGGACGGCACCCGUCGAGAGGACGGCACCCACGGCCACGAGGCCCAUAGCACCCAAUGGGACGGCACCCAUCGAGAGGACGGCACCCAUGGCCACGAGGCCCAUAGCACCCAAUGGGAUGGCACCCAUCGAGAGGACGGCACCCAUCGAGAGGACAGCACCCAUGGCCACGACGCCCAUAGCACCCAAUGGGACGGCACCCAUCAAGAUGGCACCCAUGGCCAUGAUGCCCAUAGCACCCAAUGGGACAGCACCCAUAAAGGAGACGGCGCCACCACCCACCCCAAUGGCACCCAUGGGUGCACCGCCUCCAUAGGGGACAAUGGGGCCCAUUGGGUGCCCCCGUGGCCACCCAAGCGCCCCGGGGACCCCAUGGGUGCUGGAGCACCCAAACGGGCCCGGAUGGAGCCCAUCGGGGCCCAUGGGGACGGAGGCGAGGAGGAGAUGGAUGCGAGGUAA